CUUCCGCAUGUUUUUUGUAGGGAAGCAUCAUCCGUGGGAAGCAUGGCAGGAGAACCGUGGAACAGGGUAAACAUUGCUUUUCCCGGUGCGGUUUCUAGUGUCCGUGUACAUUUCAGCUCAGCUACAGAUGAACGUGUGAAAGCCCUGAUUGUGGAAAAUGACAAGGUGCUUAGGCUAAUUCGGAGUGAGAUUCUUCAAACCGAGGUACGAGUUCUCUACGAGCUGCUGUACUUCCUAAAUAACAGCUUCAGAGGCAACAAGACGUUCAAAGGUUUAAAGCAGGUUGAACAAUGCAUAAACAGGCUGAAGAGCAUGAAACUUGAUUUUGCUCUUCAGGAGCUGACGGACCUGUGUCCCAAAAGAAUUCAAAGAGGACUGAGCAUCAAGGCUGGUGAGUGUGAUGUCCCCAGUCAACCCAUGCUGGAGUGGCUCUGUCUCAAAGUGCUUGGAGCCGCCCAGCUGAUGAGCUGCACAUUGAAUCGCUGCAGCAGAGCUUUCACACUGUCAAUGCAGCAGAUGAAAUGGGAGGAGUUUAUUAUCUUGAAUAUGGUGAUAACGAGCAUGGUCAGUCGUCUCUGGGUGAUUGCCCGUGGUAUCCUGGUCAGCCUGUCCACUCUGUAUCAGCAGCUCCUGGAGCUCCUGAGAGAAGUAGCCAACGCCCAGCCCAUGCCCUUCCUCACAGACUUCUCCCUGCCGGCAGAUAUGGCUCAGUUCCUGGCUCCUUCUGAUGCCCGUUUACUGACCAAAAAGCCAGCACGCGGUCCCCUUGCCAGAGGUCACAAGUAUAAGCAGCAGGGGAAGAAGAAAUCUUCUGUUAAAGUGAAGAACCAGGGAGAGGCAAGGGAGGUUAAAGAAGACCUGGGUGUUGCUGUUGAAAGAGUUAUUGGUCUUGACGCUGACAUGAAGCCUUUUCUCAAGGUUUUCAGGGACUUCUCUGAGGGCAAAUCCUUCCCACAGAAAACACACAAGGCCGACAGGAAACGGAGGUUCAAGAAACAAGUGAGAGAGGCUACUACUUUCACAGACAUGGCGGCCCAUCUGGAAGAAAUGAUCCUGUGGUGCAAGUCCCAGAAGAUGGCAAAGGAAAAACGUCUUCUAAGCUUCUUGCAUUUAAAGUGCCAAAGGAUGAAAUGCUUAGAGGCAGCAGGUUACAACGUUCAGAGGAGGUUGCGGACCUUCAGACAGGAAGCUCGCUGGGCUUCAUCUCCUCACGGCUCGGUGCCGACAACCUGCCGGGCUUCUGCUGCAACCAGGAGACAUGCUCGCCUGACAACUCGUUGGCAGACGCUCAGAAGUCGAUUUAAGUCUUCAACGGGUGUGAAAAAGAAACUGCUGAAGAGACAAAGUGGGAGGACGGAGUUAUCAGUGUCCGGACUGUCAGGGGACGACCAAAGAACCCGGACUACAAACGAGGCGACAUCAUCUCAGACCACCGGCUGGGACCGCCAGGAUGACAUAGAUGAUAUAUUUGCCUCUGUAGGUUUGUGACACUUUGGAAUUGAACACAUCCAAUGAAACAACUUACUGAAUGUAGCUGAGCUCAGUAUUUGAUAGAUUCCUCUGUUUUGAAAGGACAUUUGAUGUGUAAUUAUAACUGAUGGUUGGUCAUUGUAUGAAUGAAUGAAUUAAUGAAUGAAGUGCUAAACAGCAGCAGUUAAUUUUAAAGCAGAAAGUAACCAAA